AUGGCGAGAUCGAGUAAUUACUUGCAGGGUCGAGAGAUACAGAGCAGUGACGAAGAAAGAAGAAGCCAGAGGAAGCACGGUGAUUGUGAUUGUGAAGAUGAUGCUUUCUAUGCGGAGAUUCGAAGGCAGAUUCUGAUUCUGACGGCUGAACAAGGUGAUAAUGAUGAAAUAGACGGCAACCGGAAGCGGCGGGAAAGAAAGGGGCCGCCGACACGUGGAGGCAGAGUACUACUCCAGGUGGCUCCGGCGGGAAGAUAUUUCAGCUGGUGCGACGAAACUGAUCGUAUAUCUGGCGAUUCUUCUUCUUCUCCGUCGACGUCGUCUUCAUCUUCGGUUUCCACUCCAGACUGGCUUGUGAAUUUAUGGAGGAAUAACAGAGCUAGUGGCAGUGUUGUUGGGACUGGAGUUUUCAUCCCUCAAAUCGUCAGAUCGGGAGGAAGAAACAGACCCAGGAGAAGGAGAAGUGAAGGGAACGGGACGAAGAACAAGCAUUUAGUACAGAGUGUCUCUGAUUAG